CAUAGCCCAUACAUGCCCGUUGUUGUAAUUUGUAUUAUUCCUUUCAGCCUUUUCACCACUCGUAUUUGAACGGCGUCAGAAGCAAGGUCGGGGGACUCUCAGCUUACUUAAGAAAAUUGUUCCAUUAACUGAGUGCCGUUUGUUGUAACUUGGAAUAAGUAGAUUACCUUCUCCAAAUUUCUGUGUAGAUUUUAGUUUUAUAAAAACAUAUAAAUCAUAAUGGCUGAUAGAGUGAAACCUAUGGGAAUGGACCGUGCCCUCAUCAGUAAGAUGGGCGCCAAGUAUGACUCAGGACUUGAGUAUGAAGUCCGAGGAUGGAUUAAAGCAUUGAUUGGAGAAGACAUCGGAGAAGGUCCAAAUAAUGUUGAGAAAAGUUUGAGGGACGGUGUUAUUCUUUGCACCUUGAUGAAGAAGGUAAUCGAAGGAACCCCAUCUGAGAGUCUCCCAGCAGCUUGCUCCAAAACAGAUCUAAGAUCAUCAUCAAGCGAAUUGCCUUUCAAACAGAUGGAAAAUAUUGAAAAGUUUUUAAAGGCAGCACACAAAUACGGAGUACCUAACACAAGUUUAUUCCAAACAGUAGAAUUAUACGAAGCUAGAAAUCUCCCAAUGGUUUUAGCAACUAUCUCACACGUAGGCACAGAGGCUCAGCGUCAUAACUUCAAUGGUAUGACAAUCGGCAAGAAACCAACAACAAAACAUAUUGUUAACUUUACAGACGAACAGCUAAAAGCAGGUCAAGGAAUCAUUGGUCUCCAGGCCGGAACUAACAAAUGCGCAAGUCAAGCUGGAAUGAGAAUGGGUGCAUCGAGACAUAUAUCAGAUAUAAAGUCAGAUGAUAUGUCACAAGAAGGUCAAGGUAUUAUUGGUCUCCAGUCUGGAACCAACAAGUGCGCAAGUCAGGCUGGUAUGCGAAUGGGUGCAUCCCGACAUAUUGCUGAUAUUCGUGCAGAUGACAUGACACAAGAAGGUCAAGGGAUCAUAGGAAUACAGUCUGGGUGGAAUAAAGGAGCAAGUCAAGCUGGAAUGAGAAUGGGUGCAUCGAGACAUAUCUCAGAUAUAAAGUCAGAUGAUAUGUCUCAAGAAGGACAAGGUAUCAUUGGGCUCCAGUCUGGAACCAACAAAUUGGCGAGUCAAAAAGGGAUGAGUUUCGGUGCUCCUCGUCACGUGUCUGAUAUGAGGAUCGAAGACAUGUCACAAGAAGGCCAGGGAUUAAUUGGUUUACAGUCUGGUUGUAAUAAGGGAGCAAGUCAAAAGGGUAUGAGCUUUGGAGCAACUCGUCAUAUCGCAGAUAUCCGAGCAGAUGAUAUGGACCAAUCUGGACAGGGAUAUAUUGGCUUACAGUCCGGAAGCAAUCAAUUUGCCAGUCAAGCAGGCAUGCGUAUGGGUGGUGUUAGACACAUCGCUGACAUUAGAGCAGAUGAUAUAAAUCAAGAAGGACAGGGGGUGAUAGGUCUUCAGUCCGGAAGUAACAAAGGCGCAAGUCAAGCCGGUAUGCGCAUAGGUACCCCAAGACAUAUAUCCGACAUAAGAGCAGAUGAUAUGGCACAGGAAGGUCAAGGCUACAUCAACCUUCAAUACGGAAGUAACCAAGGUGCCAGUCAAACUGGAAUGAGUUUUGGAGCAGGCAGACAAAUUAUUAGCGGAGUGGGAGAUUUAGCAGAAGAAUACUACGGUGGUGAAAAUGGUGAAAAUGAUGGCUAUACAGAUUAUUAAACAAAUAAAAAAUAUUGACAUAUGUUGAGAGAUGUUGGUAAAAUAGGGUUUCAAAACAUUUAUAAAAUUAUUUUUAUUGAAUGAGUUUAUAUAAGUUGAAGCAAUGCUGAAUUUCGAGUGCUUGCUCAACGAGCAUGCUUUACUUAUACUUUUAGCAUACAUAAAUAUUCCUUUAAAUAUUGAAACAACAUACCAAUAAUACCAAUUCAUUUUACAUAUAAUCAUUUAAAUAUCAAUUUAACGCAUUUACAUGGGUAAUUGUUGAUAUAUGAUUAUAUUAUUGAACGAUUUUUGACCUCUGUUCAUCUUCUCGAGAGAAAAUAAUCUGUAAAUUGCAAAAUUCUAGUAAAAAGUAGUCAACAUAUGAUCUGUACCUUGCACAAUUCUGGUACAAAGUAGAUAAGCAAAUAAUAUGUGUAUCCAAAAUAGCUUUAUUCAAAGUUUGUCGUGUUCAGGUGCAAACAUGCAACAGUUCUUUUACUUAAAGCAAAUGGGACGAAUUUCAUGAUGUCGAGUGUUUCUGAUAGAGGUAUAGUAAAAGUGAGAAAGUGAGUAGUUGGCUGUUUCAUUGUAAAUAUUUCAUAUCGCUUUAUAAAUUUAUUAAAGUAGUCUAUUUAUAAA